GCUGUGACAAUUAUCAGCAGUACGCCACUGCAGCCAGCGUGGAGCCCGCUUCGUUCUGUACUACUGACAGUCAUAUUUAGGAAAAAGGGAUACAGACUUUUCCUCGUUUUGUUCCACCUCGAUAUCGAUAAUCGUUGGCAACAGUAACCGACGACGACAACCGCAUUCAAGACAAUAGUUUUUCCGUCCUGCCCUCUCCCUUCUCUCCUUAUUUUUACCGUCCUUUCUCCUUAUUUUCCUUUCUAUCGUCUGCUAUCCAUGUCGCCUGGUCUCGCCUGGUUGCGAGCUAUCGCUCUAACGACCCUAUUGACAGCCUCUGUUUCAUAUGCACGAGACGAGAUUUUGUUCACCUCUUCCGUGACCUAUUGCGACCCUCCAGAGACUUUGCUGGUCCAGCAAUUCGACAUGGUGUAUUUCAACAAGAACGAAUCAGUUUUCUUCAACAUCUCAGCAUCCAGUGUCGAAGAGAACGUUAAUGUUACAGCGAAUCUGCUACUUAAUGUCUAUGGCCUAACUCCUGUCAAUGUCACCAUCGAUCUUUGCGACAUCCUCGGUGGUGCCCUUUGUCCCCUGCCACAGUACAACUUCGUAGGAUCUGACACCCUGUCACUGCCUUCAUCACUAAACGUGGCCGACAAAAUACCGGGGAUAGCUUUCAAAGUACCCGACCUUGAGGGGUAUGCUCAGCUAUCCCUGUUAGAAGUAGGAACAGGCGAUCUUAAAGCUUGCGUGCAAGCCACUCUGUCAAAUGGGUGGUCAACACACCAGCCUGCAGUUACAUGGAGUACAGCGGGUGUUGCCAUUGCCGCCUUGAUAUCGGCGGUCUGGCAGUCACUCUCGCCCACAGCCCUGGCACCCUGUCGGUUUCUGGAUCUGCUUUAUUUAUACCAGACGAUUGCAUCAAGUGCCCUUCUGGACCUCAACUACCCUUCUGUUUACCGAGCAUUCGCACUCAACUUUGCAUGGGCCAUCGGCCUAGUGCCUUCAUCCUCGGAACAAAACACCAUAGAUCAUAUGCGAUACAUCACCGGAGGCAGGAUGGCAAACUCGACCUCCGGAUCUGCCAUAGCUUUCGUUAAUCGCAAGCUGAGCCCAUACAAUGAUCAAAGCCUCAUCAGUACCAACACCGCGUCUUCAGGCUUUUCCCCCCUUAAUCUAGGCCGCAGAUCAUCCUCAGGCAUUUUUGAACAAAUAAAGAUUCUUUCUACAGAAGGUGUUGCGACCGUAACAUCAUCGUCUUCAAACGUCCUAGACGCUGGCGUCCCUAUAUAUACCAACUCGAUACACAUUGCCACGGCCAACGCUUUCAUGACAGUGUUUUUCGCCGCUCUCAUACUUACCGCCAUCGCAUUAGCAGUUUUUGGUCUCGGAUAUGUUGGCUUGCUGGCAAUGCAUCGUUUCCGUUUAGGAAGGGCGGAACGACGGGUUGAACUCAAGGCUUUGUACUCAUCACUCGUCAGAGUUUGGUCAUUGCGACUGGGUCUUUUAUUUCUUUAUCCCAUCGUUGUUUUUGCUUUUUAUCAGUGGACCCUCAAAGAUUCGUGGCUAUCGAUUCUCUUAUCUGUCAUUGCGUUCCUUGCCGUAGCAUGUGGCACGGGAUAUUCCGCCUUCAUCGUCAUGCGUACUGCGCACCAGUCCAAGGCGUACGCCCUCUAUUCCCGUCCUGCAAUCAUUUCAUCCCACGGUCCGCUCUAUGCGCAGUACCGCACUGCCCGCUACUUUUUCUUCCUAAUAUCGCUGGCUUGUGUUUAUCUGAAAGCGAUCUUCAUCGUAUUUGCUAAAGCGAGCGGCUUGGCACAAAUAAUCCUAUUUUUGACCGUAGAAGUCGGCGUCAUGACGAGUGUUUUUGUCCUUCGUCCGCACAGGACUCGAGGCGCAGACGUACUCGCGUCGUACCUGGCUAUCGUGCGCUUGGUUUGCACUGGCCUAAUGAUUGCAUUCGUUGAGCGCCUCGCUGUCGACGCGAUUCCAAGAGUGGCCAUAGGCAUCGUUAUGGCUGUCAUAUAUUCUGUGGCAGUCAUCGUGGUGGUUAUUAAUUUUGUCUUACACUGCGGUAUCCAGCAGCUAUGGACGAAGCAGGACACUUCGCAGCAUGAGGGAUCUGCCAACGACGCAAUGGUGGAAAAAGAUGACCGUGGGUCAUCAUUCCCUGACCUCCUUCGUCCCAAAAACGCAACGCCAGAACAAAACAUCCCAUUAGAUCCCGAAAUUAACGAGCCGCAUACGCCGUUGACGCCUCCUUCAGCGGAGGGCGAACAAAACGUGAACAAGCGCGACUCUGCUUCUACAAAUUUUGGAAACCUUCUACCACGGAGAUGGUCAUUUACGCCAUUAAGCUCUCCGGCAGAUUCUCAUCUCUCCCACCCUUCGCUCAGUAGUCCUUAUCAUACGCAAGAUGCAACUCGUCAUCAACAUACAUGAUCCAUUACGCACAUAGAUUUACUUUCUCGUGCACAUUAUUUUUCAUAGAAUAUCGCAUUUCGGGCCCCUAGGGACCUUGGUAUAUAGUCACUCAUUUACUUGCAGCUCUCUAGGAGUCUAAUCAUCGUGUAGAUAUCAUCUGUAUCACUAAUGGGAUUCCAAGAACACUUCAUGAAAGGAAUUGUGG